GUCGCAGGCUAUUGACAGUUGGCGACGAUUGGGAUUGGUUUGUGAGGAGCGCUGGGAACGCAUAUCCGCGUUUGAAGCGCAAGCUCACGAGCGAGGGCAGCUUCUUUUGCGGAUCUGGAUCGGAGCCAGCGAUGCUCGUCGGGCGGUCCAACGUUCUGGACACGUUUCCAGGCGGGCAGUAUCGCGCGGAGUUCGAGCACACGGUCGCGGAGUUUUGCGCGGGGCUCGACGUGUCAGUCAGGGGGCCCGUGCCGAGGUGCGGCGACGCCGAGGUUUUGCAGCGGCCCAGCCCCGUGCAGCUCGCGCGCGUUUAUUUCCAGAUGACCACCACCAGCCGCUUGGAGCACAUAAAACUGUGCGACCUGAUCAUCGAGGGGCUGGAAGGGGUCCACUUAGCGUUCGCUGGUGGAGAAAUUUGCGCGCUGGUGCUGGAUCGGAUGGUGCUGCAG